GAUGUACCUUUACCUAAAGGCAAUCGACUAUUUAUUUUGAAGAAUACUUGCUAGAUUUUCUACGACUAAUAAGCCAUUUAUGAUCGCAGAAAAGUUCACCAUUAUUUGGAGCACCAGACUUUAAAAAAAUAUAUUUUACUGUGCCUAUGGAUUGGAUUUAACCGUGAAGUAACCAAGAUCCUAGAAGAAAGUCAGGCUCCUUCUACAGUUUCCUAAACUACAAAGUCGCUGCCAGCCCAGGGGAUCUUCACACUGAGAACUUUCCAAGUCCACCAUGUUGCAGCUCUGGUCUCGGUGCUUAUUCCUGCCAGUUUAGGAGGUCUUCCAUGAGACCUGAGAUUCCACAUUUCCAACAAACUCCUUGGUGAUGGAUCCCCCAUAGACCAGAUGCUGCUGUUCUGAGGACCACACUAGACUUCAUGCUCAUGAAGCUGAUGAGUAGCCUGGUGAAGAAAUCAGAAGCUGCUUUACUUGAAAUACCAGCUGCUGUGAAGGAUGGGAGGCGGCAAGAGAGAGCUAUAUAGUCCAGACCUGACGAUUCAUAGCACAUCAGCUCACAGGUUGUCUGCCCACCUCUGCUUCCUCCAGGCUCACAGGAGUUCCAGACUACACCGAGCCACCAUGAGUUCACUCGGUGAAGCAAUCAUCCACUUUGCAGUCGACCUGUUCCAACAGAUCAGACAAUCAGAGAAGGAAAAUAUCUUCUUUUCCCCUUUGAGUAUCAUGUCAGCCUUAGCCAUGACUUCCUUGGGGGCCCAAGGACACACCGCAUCAGAAAUCCUGAAGGUCCUGCACUCAAAUGAAAACGCAGAGGACACAAUAGGAGGAGGAGCUACAAGAGAUCCCGUUGAAAAGCCAGGAGAUAUGCAUCAUCAAUUUCAAAACCUUCUGACUGAGUUCAAGAAACCCACUGAUGCCUAUGAGCUGAACAUAGCCAACAGGCUCUAUGGAGCAAAGCCUCUUCUGUUUCUUCAGGCAUACAUGGAUAAUAUUGAGAAAUUUUACCUAGCCAGUGUGGAAUCUGCUGAUUUUGUCAGUGCUGCAGAAGAAAGCCGGAAGAUGAUUAAUUCCUGGGUGGAAAGCCAAACUAAUGAAAAAAUCAAGGAUCUCUUUCCCGAAGGCACUCUUGGUAGCACGACCAUUCUGGUUCUGGUGAACGCAGUCUAUUUCAAAGGGCAGUGGUGCCAGGAAUUUAAGAAAGAAAAUACUGGGGAGGAAAAAUUUUGGCUGAACAAGGAUACAAGCAAAUCUGUGCAGAUGAUGAAACAAACCAGUCAUUUCAAUUUCACGUCACUGGAGGACAUGCAAGUCAAGAUCCUGGAAAUACCAUACAAAGGCCAAGAGCUAAGCAUGAUGGUGCUGCUGCCCAAUGACGUAGAUGGUCUGCAGAAGCUUGAAGAUCAACUCACUGCUGAGAAGUUAAUAGAGUGGACGAGCCCACAGAAUAUGAAGGAGUUACAAGUGGAUUUAUACCUACCUCGGUUCAAAGUGGAGGAGAGCUAUUCCCUCAAGCCCACGCUGAUAGCCCUGGGGAUGGUGGACGCCUUCAGUCUGGGGAAAGCCGACUUCUCAGGCAUGACCGGGGGACAAGGUCUGGUGUUGUCAAAAGUCCUCCACAAGUCCUUCGUGGAGGUGAAUGAGGAGGGCACAGAGGCUGCAGCUUCGACUGGAGUAGAAGUUCGUUUAACAUCAAGACCAACUACAGACAGUUUCCGUUGUGACCACCCUUUCCUGUUCUUCAUCAAGCACAACAAGACCAACAGCCUCCUCUUCUAUGGCAGAGUCUCUUCCCCUGAGAUGUGAUUAGCCAGCAGCUACACUUGGGGGACAUUCACAGAGCUGUUCCUGAACCUUGAUUGCUGGAAGUAACAGGUUGUCUUUGAUUCAUUUUCCUUUCCAAACUCAUAGUCAUCACUAAGAAUGUGUUGGUUGAAAUACCAUGUCUGUCUGUUUCUCUUUUUCUACAAACCCAUGUAAACCUACUGUAUCUCCCCAUGGUAACUCCCAUGUGGACAAAAUGUUCAAGAUAUGAUAAAAGGAUAUUUCAACACUCUAUCUUCACCUGAAUUUGAAAUAACAUAGCUGCUGUUUCAAACAUCGUAUCUACUAUUCAAACCUACUCACCUAGACACCCACAUUUAUUUGAAUUUAAGUGAUCUGUGGAACGCUUACAUGCCAAAAAUUUUUCCUCUUAUAAAAUACAUUAUCAAUAAUAUAGUACUUAUUCAUGCUACCUGUUGCUUUUCCUUUUUUUGCUUUCUUUCUUUUCAACAAAGUGCAAGUGG